AUGGAUUCAAGCCUGAUUCAAUAUAUGGAUACAAUGUACUAUGACAAUCCAACAGACAUUGAACACCUAGGUUACACAGAGGAGGACAUCCAUGACAAAGAGCUACAGCAACCACUCAAUGAUAUCUAUCAACUGUUUGAAAGACAGGAUAUGAGAUUUGAGGGGGACCAUUUACUCCCUGAACCUGACAACGACGACCAAAACAAUCCCAGUCAAAACCUGACUACAAAGCUGACAGCACAGUACCAACAAUAUAUCCCAAUGAAGCCUCCGAUGACCUAA